UAGGACUUGUAACCUUGCAAGUCACUGCUCUAUGUUCACCAGAAGAAAAAGUGGAUUUUAGUGGAACAACUAUACAAGAAGGUGCCCAAAUCCAUUCUUGGCAAUCUUUUGGCCUUGAAACAACAAACCAGAAAGAAUCCAUUCUGUUGGCAUCUAGAUGGGCUAUAAGGGAAGCUAAAAGAAUGGGCUGGAAGAAGGCACAAUGCAUCCUACAAGAUGAAGAUAUAAUCACCAAGCUCAAUUCUCUUCGGGUUUCUGUGCCUUAUACAUCUCAUGUUGUACUGAAAACAGACUUUAUGUUGUGUUCUUUCUCGGUUCGGUCUGUGAUUUUGUCCAUUCACAUGCCUCACCUUUCGGUAUCGAUUUGGCUGUGUAUAAUCAGACGUUGCUUUCGGGUACCCUUUGUGAGGAUCCCGAAGUUCUCAAAACCCUUGAAUCCUCUUACCUCGACUUGGCUCCUCGAGGUAUUUUCCGCUAGAUUUUUUCGAACAUCCUCAUACACGCGGCCAGCCUUGUUCCUUUACUUGAUAAUGACUUCCCUUAAUCGAGUCUGCAACUAUAGCAUGUUCCGUGGUAAGUUCUUACUAUCGUUUUCUUAUGCUCCUGCAGCCGAAAUCGAUGGCUUUAGAGAGUUCAGCGGCCAUCACUCAGAUUGGGCUGUAGUUGCUCCUAAGCCCGAAGACGACUUCCGUCGCCCUCCCAAGGGUUGUUUUACUUUUUUCGUGGAUCAAAUAAUGUCGGGCCUGCGUUUCCCGAUUCAACCUGAACUGCAAUCGUUAAGUAACCUUUUCGAUAUACCAAUAAACCAGUUCACCCCCAAUUCUAUUCGAAUAAUGGUAGCUUUCAUAGUUGUUACCCACAUAGUUUUAGGUAAUUUUCUACCCGAGUUUUUCCUUUACUGUUACGGGUAUAGGUUUAGCAAGGACGCCCAUUGUCUGGGCCGUCGAGUAGGUGUUACUUUCCUUGACGACCUCUCUUCCAACAUUACUGAAUGGAAAAAGAAGUACUUCUUCAUUCUACCUGCUCCUGGCCAGUAUCCCUUUUCGAAUGAGUGGAUUACCAAUAAGACAAAGCAGCAUAAGCGUCCCGACUCUUCUCAAUUCGCUGAUAUGCUAGAAGAGUUAAACAGACACGUAUGGAGCGCUCGUCGACUUACCAAAGAUACUUCUUUACUUAAUCAUGUUGGUAUUUGUGUUGAUAAAAGUGCUCCUCAAGACAUAGAAUUGAUCUAUAUCGAUGAACCAGUCUUCCAUAAAUCAUUAUGUAUUGGAAGUCAUCUUCAAGAACCUCUUCGGUCAGAACUUAUCUCGUUUCUCAAACACAAUUCUGAUGUUUUCGCUUGGAAGCACGAGGAUAUGAAGGGCAUCGACCCCGGUGUCGCUAGCCACAAGCUGAACCUCGAUCAAACCAUCCGGCCUGUUGUGCAAAAGAGAAGGAAACUGAGGCCGGAUCGUCAGAAGGCGUUGGAAGAAGAAGUCGAAAAACUCAUCGACAACAAGUUCAUCAAGGAAGCCAAAUACCCGACGUGGGUCUUAAAUCCUGUUCUUGUCAAAAAGAGCAACGAGCUAUGGAGACUAUGUAUCGAUUUUUCCGACCUGAACAAGGCGUGCCCGAAGGACAGUUAUCCACUCCCACAUAUAGACUACAUGGUCGAUGCCACGUCGGGACACGAGUUAAUGAGCUUCAUGGAUGCUUACUCCGGCUACAAUCAAAUUCCAAUGGAUCCUGAAGAUUCUGAACACACCUCAUUCUAUUCGGCCCGAGGCUUGUACUGCUAUACUAUGAUGCCGUUUGGAUUAAAGAACGCCGGAGCUACAUACCAACGCCUCGUCAAUAAAAUGUUUGCCACGAUGAUUGGUCAUACUAUGGAAGUUUAUGUCAACGACAUGCUCGUCAAAUCGGUGCACGCUUCUGACCAUGUAGCACACCUUCAAGAUAUGUUCAAUGUCCUCCGAUCUUAUUCCAUUGUCCUAAAUCCCAAGAAAUGCACCUUCGGAGUUAAAUCGGGAAAGUUUCUGGGCUAUAUGGUCAGCCAACGCGGAAUUGAAGCCAAUCCGGCCAAAAUAAAGGCCAUUCGAGAUCUAACUCUCCCGACCUCGGUUAAGGGUGUUCAGGCCCUAACCGGCCGACUUGCCGCACUCAACCGGUUCAUCUCCAAGUCUAUAGAUCGUUGCAGACCCUUUUUCGAAGCAAUCAAAAAAGGAAAACGUUUUGAAUGGACCGAGGAAUGCCAGAGAGCUCUUGUUAACAUCAAGGAGACGCUUGUCUCUCCACCGACUUUACAAAAGCCAAAACCCGAAGAAAUGUUGUUCUUAUAUCUCGGAGUCAGUGAUUCUGCCAUUAGCGCUGUUUUAAUACGUGAAGAAGGAUUGUUACAAUCGCCUAUCUAUUAUGUCAGCAAAGCCUUGCAUGAUGCCGAGUUACGUUAUCCUCCGAUGGAAAAAUUAACAUUUGCGCUUGUCGUUGCUGCUCGAAAAUUACGACCUUAUUUUCAAGAACAUUCCAUAACUGUUCGCACUUCGUAUCCACUUCGGCAGAUUCUGCACCGACCAGAUACCUCGGGACGCAUGAUCAAAUGGGCCAUUGAACUCGGACAAUUCGAUAUCCAUUACCAACCGAGGACCGCAAUCAAGGCUCAAGCCUUAUCUGACUUCAUCGCCGAGUUCACUCCGGCCAUCACAGUUCACCAUGAUAAUCAACCAUGGGUCCUCUAUAUUGAUGGAUCCUCAACAGCCAACCGAGCAGGCGCAGGGAUAGUUUUAGCUGACCCGGACAACCGGUUAUUCU